AUGUCAUUAUAUGGACAUAAUGAUGUUUCUAGACGGCAAACUUCGCAGAUUCCACCCCUUUUGAAGCUAUUAAGUAUGUUUUCUUUAUGCCAUUAUGCUCCAAGGCUCUCAAAACUUGGCUACACAAAUAACAUUCAUUCGCUAGCUUACUUCCCAGAGAGCCAGUUGGAGCAUUUUUAUAAGAUAUUAGGACUUACUCAAGAGGAGAAAAACAAAUUUCGAGAAAUGCUUAACCUUAUCGUCAUGCUGCACGAGUCAAAUUCAGGAAAACGAACCUCUUCUGUAGAGCCGACCCACGUUCAUAGAAGAAAAUUUAGAAGACUCAGCAAUUCUGGAGAUGAAGAUAACUCUGAUAUCGACCUUGCAAAAAAUAUUGAUUUUUGCAGUGAAAAAUUCGAAGAAGAAAAAGUUCAGACUGUCGAAAGAAACAAAAUUAUUGCACAAAUUGAAGAAGCCAGAAAAAAAAUCGGCUUAAUGACUGAAGAAUUAAUCGCUGAGCAAAAAAAUGCGAAGCUAGCCAUUGAGAUUGAAGAGGAUAAACAAAUUAAAGCAAAAAUUGUAAAAGAGAGAGCGGAUACUGCGAAUUCGUAUGACUCUUCAAAAUUAAGAUCAACUUUGGCACAUAUUGAUGUUGAAGAAAUAUGCCAUUGUCUUGCUAAAUCAUUAUUUCAAAUUAUUAGCUUUUCAAAAAAAAAGAAAGAAAUUACAGAAAAUAAUUCAGAUAAAUCAAAAUUACAAAAAUUCUGUGAAAAUGAACUUUUGAGCUUUAAAAGUGAAAAUACUGAACUAAAAAUCCCAUUUGAAAUUGCGGAGUUAUUUAAUAAAGAAUUUGAUGACCCAAGUCCAAGUGGAGCUGUCAGUGAAACUGAUAUUUAUUAUUUUUGCAAAAAUGUAAUUUUCAGGGCAAGAAUGGAAAAGGAAUGUAGUAUUAUUUGUCUAAUUUAUAUAGAAAGGCUAACGAGAUUAUUAGAUGGUAGUUAAAGUGCAAACUUCUUAAUGGUGGCAUUCUGUGUGGCGCUAACUGCCAGCCAAAUUGGAUGGCUUACGAUAACACCAGAUCCAUGCCAAAACACUGGUUUUAAUAAAGGUAUUGCCCUGUUGAGUCGAAACCGUUGUUAGGCAUCUCCAUUUCAAACUUUAUACUUUCAACUCUAGUUACUCCGCCUUGUCUAAUCCUUGGCCUCUUUGGAGCUCUUGAACCGAAGAAUCGUGUUGUUGUCGUCUAGCUUGGCUUCCUCUUUUUUCAGAAAAUCCCUUGAAAAAACUCAGCCACUUAUGCAAUUCAAGGUAAUAACUAUAACAGGUAACUCACCCUGUUCCAUCUCUGGCGGCGCAGGCUCGAAUCUUGCUCGCAUAAAGAAGUCACUAAUAACUCACUAUUUGAUCAGGUCACAAACCUGCUGAUUUAUGCUUAAGUCCUUCGUUGCAGGAUGCCAGAUAUUGCUAGCCCAACUCCAAAAUUAAUAUUGAUAACUGUCAAACGAGAGAGGACAAUUGGAAGUCAUUCCAUUUUAUGCAUUAAUAGAAAGGCUAAUUAAGGCUACAGGAAUUAGCUACAAUGAAAGAAAUUGGAAAAAACUGGCCUUUAUAGCACUAAUUAUAGCUUCCAAGGUAUGGAGUGAUAUGUCAUAUGAAAAUUUCCACUUUUCUAAGCUUUUUACUAUAAUUUCUUUAAGAGAAAUUAACUCCCUUGAACGACUAUUUUUGAAUUUAAUUGACUUCAAUGUAAACAUUGAAAAAAGCCUGUAUGCAAAAUAUUAUUUUAUUUUAAGGACUUAUGCAGAGAAAAAUAAAAGGACUUUUCAUUUAAAGCCUCUAGAUGUAGAAACGGUCAGGAAGCUUCAGCAAAACGCAAACCAUGCUCAAGACAUGCUGAAAGAGCUACAUAGCCAGAGUCUUCUCAAAACUACAUAA